CUAACUGAAUGAUUGAGAAAAAUUAAGCAAAUUAAAUUAAGGUAAAAGUCUCUUGAAAAUGGCUGAAUAAUGACACCACAUACAUAAGAGAUGCAUAUAUAAAUACCCUUGAGGAAUGCAAAAAUUUGGUGUGCAUUUUGAAGUAAACAUUUUGAAGCUAUAGCUAAAUCAAAAUUUGACCAUGCGGGAUUGUAAUGUUGAAGGGAUUUUCCUGACCGAAAAAGAUGUAGUGAAAGAAGAGCCAAUUUCACUGUUCUCCAAAAGCUCAGAUGAAAAUGAGACCAUAUUUCUUUCAAACAUUGACCAAGCACUUGGUUUUCCAGUUGAAACACUUUACUUCUUUGAAGUUCCUACGGGGAAAAGCCAUUCAACCCUAAAUGUUGGUCAAAGGGUUAAAGAAGCUGUGGAAGUGCUUUUGGGGCCUUAUUAUUUCAUGGCUGGAAGGCUGAAUUUCAAUGAAGAAGCCAAAAGAAUGGAGCUCAUUUGCAACAAUGCUGGAGUGUUGUUUGUGAGUGCAACUUCAGAACUCACAUUGAAAGAUCUUGGCAAUCUUUCACAGCCAAAUCCAACUUUUCAUCACUUUGUUCAUCGCCCGGGACUUUACAAGAGCCUCCCUGAGAAAGCACUCUUCACCAUCCAGGUGACAAGAUUUAGUUGCGGUGGAUUUUCGAUUGGAUUCACGAUGCAUCAUUCCAUUAACGAUGGAAAAUCAGCAAGCGAUAUGUUACACAAUCUUGCUUCGAUUUGCAGAGGUGAAGGGCUAAAAGUAGAGACAAUAAAUAAUGAUCGGACAUGUAUUAAAGCAAGAAAUCCUCCUCAGAUAAAAUUCCCACACAGUGAAUAUGUGAAGCUACAAAAAACUCCUAAUCUUCCCUCAUCAUUCACUUCACAAGAAAGAACAACUCCAUCUCCACUUGUCUUCUCUGACAAAUAUGUCCACAAAACCUUCCAUUUCAGCCCUGAAAUGCUCAAUACACUGAAAAAACAAGCCAUGACAAAAUGCUCAACUUUUGAUGCUAUUGUGGCUCAUAUUUGGAAGGCAAGAACAAAGGCAGUUUUGAUGAAGAAUGACCGAAUCUCGACCGUUCUUUUCGCGGUGGAUAUUAGGUCUAGGAUUUCGCCACCAUUGCCAAAUGAUUUCUCUGGAAAUGCUGUAAUCACGGCCUUUGCGAGUGCAAAAGUGAGUGAUUUGGUAGAAAUGCCGCUUUCUUUUGGUGUUGAGAAAAUGAAGGAAGCGAGAGAAAGAGUGACAAAUGAGUACAUUCGGUCAGUGAUUGAUUGGUUGGAAGUUUACAAAGGCAUUCCUGCAACCUGUGAUGGCACUUUCUAUGUCUCAGCUUGGUGGAAACUGCCCUUCAAGGAGCUGGAUUUCGGGUUCGGGAAACCGGUUCGAGGCGGCCCGAUUGCGAGUGGGAACGAUGAGUUUGUUCUCCUGUUAUCUAAUAAUGAUGAUCAGAAGAGUAAUAUUGGAGGUAAUGGAAAUGGAGGUGGAAUUAUUUUGUGGAUGGCACUUGAGAAAGAGGCUAUGUUUAGGUUCAUGUCUUGUGUUUAUGAUAUGUGAUGUGAGCCCUUUUCGGAUUCACACUAAUAAUUCACCCAAAUAAUAAAUAAAUGUAAACUUCCGUUUUGGACGAAAAUUGAUACAUCCAUUAUUAUUAUUAUUAUUAUUAUUAUUAUUAUUAUUAUUAUUGAAUUUACGAAGAGUAUAAAUUACUUAUAAG